CCCUUGGUUCCCGCACCUUCUCCGCCGCACCAGAGCAAAUCAACCCCAAUCCUUCCCACCCACGCACCGCCCAUCUCCGCGGUGGCGGCCUCGGCAGGAGGAGGAGGGCGGCGGCGUGCGCCAUGGCGUUCCUGCUCGGCGCCUUCCUGGGGCUGGUCCUCGGCGUCGCCGUCGUCAUGGCGUUCGCGCGCCUCGAGAACUCGCGCGCCGAGCAGCGCCGCGAGCUGGCUGCUACUAUUUCAUCCUUCUCAAAGUUGACUGUAGAAGAUUUGAGGAAAUUAAUUCCUCUUGAGUUAUAUCCAUCAUGGGUGUCUUUCACUGAAAAGCAAAAGCUUAAAUGGCUGAAUCAAGAAUUGGUAAAAAUCUGGCCAUUUGUCAAUGAGGCUGCAUCAGAACUGAUAAAAACUUCUGUGGAGCCUAUUUUUGAGCAGUACAAGUCAUUCAUUUUGUCCUCACUCCAUUUCUCAAAGUUGACACUUGGUACAGUUGCCCCUCAGUUCACAGGAGUUUCAAUUUUGGAUAGUGAUAGUUCUGGUAUCACUAUGGAGCUUGAGUUGCAAUGGGAUGGUAAUCCAAAUAUAGUACUGGACAUUCAAACAACACUUGGAAUCUCACUUCCUGUGCAGGUGAAAAAUAUUGGAUUCACAGGAGUACUUCGGUUAGUGUUUAACCCACUCGUUGCAGAACUGCCUUGCUUUGGAGCUGUUUGCUGUUCUUUGAGAGAGAAGAGCAAGGUGGAUUUUAUCCUCAAGGUUGGUGGUGGUGAGAUGACAGCAAUUCCUGGAAUUUCUGAUGCAAUUGAGGGAACAAUACGUGAUACCAUUGAGGAUCAAUUGACAUGGCCUAAUCGCAUAAUUGUACCUAUUGUGCCUGGAGAUUAUAGUGACUUGGAGUUGAAACCAGUUGGACUAUUAGAAGUAAAACUUGUCGAAGCUAGGGAUUUGAUGAACAAGGAUCUUGUGGGAAAGUCUGACCCUUUUGCUGUGCUAUACAUUCGGCCAUUACAUGACAAAACAAAGAAAAGCAAAACAAUAAACAAUGAUUUGAACCCCAUUUGGAAUGAACACUACGAAUUUGUGGUUGAGGACACAUCUACCCAGCGCCUGACCCUGAAAAUUUAUGACGAUGAAGGAAUCCAAUCAUCUGAGCUUAUUGGUUGUGCUAGAGUGGACUUGUCGGACCUUCAUCCUGGAAAAGUUAAAGAACUUUGGUUGGACCUUGUCAAGGACCUGGAAAUUCAGAGGGAUAAGAAACGUCGCGGUCAGGUCCACCUGGAGCUCCUGUACUAUCCUUUCGGUAAACAUGAAGGGGUUUCCAAUCCUUUUGCAGAUCAGAUUCAGUUAACUUCUUUGGAGAAGGUCCUCAAGACUGAUUCUAACGGAUUUGAUGUUAACCAGAGGAAAAAUGUUAUUAUGAGAGGAGUCCUUUCAGUGACUGUUAUCUCAGCCGAGGACUUGCCACCAAUGGAUGUGAUGGGCAAGGCUGACCCAUUUGUAGUCCUGUACCUGAAGAAGGGAGAAGCCAAAAAGAAGACAAGGGUUGUAACUGAGACCCUGAAUCCAAUAUGGAAUCAAACAUUUGAUUUUGUAGUUGAAGAUGCGUUGCAUGAUUUACUCAUGGUCGAAGUAUGGGAUCAUGAUACAUUUGGAAAGGAUUACAUGGGGAGAUGCAUCUUGACACUCACUAGAGUAAUUCUUGAAGGCGAGUUUCAAGACACAUUUGUUUUGCAAGGUGCUAAAUCCGGAAAGCUGAACUUGCAUUUCAAGUGGACGCCGCAGCCAAUCUAUCGUGAUCGUGAUCGGGACCAGUGAAAUCUGUGUAGAUACAUCACGUAAAGCCAACUGAUAAACAUUUCUUCCCCUGUACAUUAGCUUUUCUGUACAGUACUUCACAUAUCUUGUAGCAACACGGUGCAAAUGGAAUACUGGGAUGGUGGUUUCAUGUUGCGACGGUAAUGUGCUGUAAAUGGAUGGAUG